AUGGCCUACGAGAGGCGAGUUGAGGACUGGGUAAAGGCCAUCCUGGCGGAGGUCCGCCAGGAUGGCCUUGCCUGGAUCGAGCUCCGCUGUCAGGAGCAGGUCUUGGAUGACCUGCGGGAUGCUGGGAUCUGGCUGCUGCAGCACCUGCCCAGUUACAUUGGGCGCAGUUGCGUCCUGGAGGUGAUCGACACGGCCGCCACGCUCUCCGAUGCUAUUGGGAGCGAUGGAUGGGGGCCAGGGGGCAGUGGCCCCCUUCCGCCCCCGGAUUCGCGGGUGAAGUUCACCCGAGGAGUUGGUGCAGUGGGGCAGGUGCCCCAGAGCCGGGGAGACAGUUUCUGGGCGACUUGCACCAGAAACACACGCUGGAAUGCUUUCCCGGCGACUUACCUGUUGCAGAAGGGCAAGGAUGCCAUGCACAGGCUCCGGAAGUUUCUGGAGAUGGGAGGCACAGACUGUCGGGCAGCAGUUGCUGCCUCUGGCUUUGCUGGAGGAUUCCUCCACGAUUGCGACCAGUGUGCUUGCGAUGGCGGUUAUCACAGGCCCACUGAGACGGUGCGAGUCAUGGCCCGGAUCAUGGAGAUGGGCAGGGGCUUGUCGUCCCACCCGCGGGGGCAGGGGCCCCCGGUGGUCGUGGAUGUUGACGAUGAGGAUGAGGACUGA